AUGAAGCUGUUGAAUAAAAAUAUUGACAGAGAUGGUGGUGGGAGUGUCGUUCUGGUCCCGGAAAACCCAGAAGACAUGUGGCACGCAUACAAUCUCAUAUCAGAGGGAGAUUGCGUCUGCGGAUCAACGAUCCGCAAAGUCCAGACGGAAAGUUCAACCGGUAGCACCAACAGCACACGAGUCCGCACUACGUUGACAAUCAACGUCGAGAACAUAGACUUUGAUACCCAGGCAUGUGUUUUGAGACUCAAGGGAAGAAAUAUUGUAGAAAACCAAUAUGUCAAGAUGGGACAGUACCACACGCUGGAUGUCGAGCAGAACCGUAAAUUCACUCUAAAAAAAGUAAAAUGGGACUCGAUAGCGUUAGAGCGAAUUGACACAGCAUGCGACCCGACUCAGAAUGCUGAUGUGGCAGCUGUUGUCAUGCAGGAAGGAAUAGCUCACAUAUGUCUGAUCACUUCGAACAUGACGAUAGUGAGGGCUAAGAUUGACCAGGUUAUUCCGCGCAAACGGAAGGGCAUGACUUCCCAGCACGAGAAAGGCUUGAAUCGCUUCUACGAGAACAUCAUGCAGGCAAUUUUGCGGCACGUUAAUUUUGAUAUUGUCAAGUGUGUUAUUGUAGCGAGCCCGGGAUUCGUCAAGGACCAGUUCAUGGAGUACAUGAUUCAGCAGGCGAUAAAAACUGAUAAUAAAUUGUUGCUGGAGAACAGGAGCAAGUUCAUGCUGGUUCAUGCCAGCUCCGGGUUCAAACACUCGCUGAAGGAAGUCCUUGCUGAUCCUGCUGUGGUUACUAGGAUGUCUGAUACUAAAGCUGCUGGAGAAGUUAAAGCUCUUGAACAGUUUUAUACUAUCUUGCAAACUGAUCCUGCGAGAGCUUUUUAUGGGAAGAAACAUUGUCUCGCUGCUGCGGCUGCUCAAGCUGUUGAAACUUUGCUUAUUUCUGACAAAUUGUUUAGGUGUCACGAUAUUGCUGAGAGGAAAGAAUAUGUUGAGUUGGUUGAAAGUGUAAGAGAAUCUAAUGGAGAUGUUAAAAUAUUUUCAAGCAUGCACGUUUCUGGAGAACAACUCGAGCAACUGACGGGUGUAGCAGCAAUUUUGAGAUUCCCAAUGCCAGAGCUAGAAGACGAAAGCGACGGCGACGAUUCCUCUGAAGAAGAUUGA